AUGGCAACCCGCUCCUGGAGCUCUGCUUGUCCCCUGUCCCCUCUCAAUCAAGGAGAGCUGGAACCCACUCUUCCGGCAACCGCCGUUGAGUCAACAAGCCUCAAACCCAAGGUUCACGGAGAAAUCUCCCUUGGACAAGCAAUCUCCCUCACCUUGGGAUUGCAGAACCAGGUCCUCCAUCUUGAGCGGGAACUCAAGGAAACCAAGGAAGCAGCUAAGGAAGCCCAAGACUGGAUGGGCGCAGUCAAUCAAGCCCUCACUUGCAUUGAGGCUAGGGGUGGAGCCCCACACACACCAGAAGACCAGAAACCCCCGGCAGUCAAGGCCACGCCCAGGCCCCUAUCCAAAACCAACCCUCUACCAGCGCCUAGCUAUACUCCCCCUCCACCUUUGCCUAUCCAACUCCGUUCCCCCCAAGUCCCACAACCAGCGGCCCCUGUAGCCACUUACCAAGUCCCAGUCAAGGUGGACCAUCCCAACGCCUAUACCAGGAAAAUUGGGAACAAAGCCUGCCAAUGGCUCACAUGGAUGUUGGCAUGGGUAUGUCUGAAUCAACAGAUGUUCCCCACGGAUCAGGAAACCUUGUCAUUUCUCCUGAUGAACAUGAAGGAAGUGGCAGGAGCCUGGGCUCACCCUCACCUUGACCAACUAGGGUCCCACAGGGCCUUAAUCCAAAUGGUUGACAAUUUCAGGACGGAGUUUUUGGCUGCAUUUGGUAACCUGGAUGCUACGCAAGCUGCCAAGCGGCAAAUCACCCACCUUACUCAAACAGGCACUUGUGCUGAGUACAUUACAAAAUUCAGGACCAUUGCUAUGGACCUGGAUUGGAACAACGCUGCCCUCCAAGGGCAAUUUGCACAUGGCCUCCACUGGGAGGUCAGCUGUCUCAUUGCCACCCAAGAACAGCACCCCACCACCCUCCUUGAGCUACAGAAUGUAGCCCUGGUCAUUGACAACACCCUCCAUGAGGAGCGCGCCAGCCACCUGCCAAAGGGUAAUAAGCCUGGCACCUCUAACACUAACCCCAAUAGGGGGGCAAGUACCAGCCAACAGGCCACCAGACCAGGGCGCCUUUCCAGCAAUCCCAACUUUGUCUCCAAGGAGGAGCAAAACCACCGCAGGGCUGAAGGCCUCUGCAUCAAAUGCGGGAAAGCAGGGCACAAGUUUGCAGAGUGCCGCACUGGCUGGAAAGCCACGCCUAAGGAGGAAGGCGUCAAAAAGGAAGCCGCCAAAAUUGGCAAAGAGUCCAGACCCAAAUUGGGAAAAGACUAA